GCUGUCUCUUAAGCUUAUCACUACCUUCUACUUACGUAUAAAUCUCCCUCACAUGUCCUGUCUCUUGGUAAACAAUUAUUUUGUAUAAAAGAGUGACUCAUGUUCUAUAUGUUGUUAAGGUGGUGAGAAGAAAAGUUCUGAACUUCAACUCCACACAUUGCUGCAUUAGUGUGUUCUUGCAGAUCCAAUCAGAGUUUUCUACCAUUGUCACCGAGAAGUUCAGAAUGGAAUUGAAACUCAGAUUUCUUAAUCUUGCUGCAAAGUGAUUGUGAAAGGCUGGUGAUGAUUAGUGCAUUCUGAGCUAAAAAGCACGUUCAUUUCUUAUGACCCACAUGGGCCUGUCUCUACUACAAUCGUUGAAACAAAUUGCUAGCUCUGCAGGAUCUGCAUAUAUAUUGUUUUAGGAACUAAAAGAAAUUCAGUUUGAGGCGUAGGAAUCAUGGAUCUCGGGCAUGGUAAAUGUUGGGAUACCUCAAAGAAGGAUUCUUGGAAGACACUGUUGGUUUUGGCAUAUCAGAGCCUUGGAGUUGUAUAUGGGGACCUCAGCACUUCUCCUCUCUAUGUUUAUAAGAGCACAUUUGCAGAAGAUAUCCACCAUUCAGACUCCAAUGAAGAGAUCUUUGGUGUUCUGUCUUUUGUUUUCUGGACUCUCACAUUGGUUCCCUUGUUCAAGUAUGUCUUUGUUGUACUUAGAGCUGAUGACAACGGAGAGGGAGGUACUUUUGCACUGUAUUCAUUGAUAUGCCGGCAUGCAAAAGUGAGCCUUUUGCCCAAUAGACAGGCUGCAGAUGAAGCACUCUCUACUUACAAAACUGAGCACCUUCCAGAGAAGAAUAAUAAAUCAGGGGUUAAAAUAUACCUUGAAAAGCACAAGGCCUUGCAUACUGCUUUGCUGAUCUUGGUGCUUCUUGGUACAUGUAUGGUAAUUGGAGAUGGAGUACUCACUCCAGCAAUUUCUGUUUUUUCUGCUGUAUCUGGCCUUGAGUUAUCCAUGUCCAAGGAGCAUCAUCAGUAUGCUGUAGUUCCAAUCACUUGUUUCAUCUUGGUUUGUCUUUUUGCACUUCAACACUAUGGCACACAUCGAGUGGGAUUUUUCUUUGCACCAAUAGUCUUAACAUGGCUAUUAUGCAUCAGCGCCCUUGGUUUAUAUAACAUAAUCUACUGGAAUCCACACGUCUAUCAAGCUCUUUCUCCGUAUUACAUGUUUAAGUUCUUGAAGAAAACAAGGAAAGGCGGAUGGAUGUCGUUGGGCGGAAUAUUACUGUGCAUAACAGGCUCAGAAGCAAUGUUUGCUGAUCUAGGCCAUUUCUCUUAUGCUGCAAUUCAGAUUGCUUUCACCUUUCUGGUUUAUCCAGCACUUAUAUUGGCAUAUAUGGGGCAAGCUGCAUAUCUGUCGCAACAUCACCACAAUGAUAAUCAUAUUGGUUUUUAUAUUUCAGUUCCAGAAAAAUUAAGGUUGCCGGUGCUAAUAAUAGCAAUUCUUGCUUCUGUGGUUGGAAGCCAAGCAAUUAUUACUGGGACAUUCUCUAUCAUAAACCAGAGCCAGUCACUUUGCUGCUUCCCAAAAGUGAAAGUUGUUCACACAUCUGAUGAGAUGCAUGGCCAGAUUUACAUCCCUGAGAUCAAUUGGAUUCUCAUGGUCCUCUGUAUUGCUGUGACUAUUGGAUUUAGAGACACAAAGCACAUGGGAAAUGCAUCAGGAUUGGCAGUGAUGACGGUAAUGCUGGUGACCACAUGCCUAACUUCCCUGGUUAUCAUCCUCUGUUGGAACAAGAACCCUGCAGUAGCGCUUUCGUUUCUACUUUUCUUUGGUUCUGUUGAACUUCUCUACUUCUCAGCUUCACUGACCAAGUUUACCGAGGGUGCCUGGCUUCCCAUCCUCUUAGCCCUCUUCCUCAUGACCAUCAUGUUUGUUUGGCAUUAUGCCACCAUUAAAAAGUAUGAAUUUGAUCUCCAUAACAAGGUAUCACUAGACUGGCUUUUAGAACUAGGUCCAAGCUUAGGAAUUGCUAGAGUCCCAGGCAUUGGCUUAGUUUUCACUGACCUCACCUCCGGCAUCCCAGCUAACUUUUCACGCUUUGUCACUAACCUUCCUGCCUUUCACCGUGUCCUUGUAUUCGUGUGUGUAAAAUCUGUGCCCGUCCCUUAUGUGCCCCCUGCUGAGAGAUAUCUUGUGGGACGUGUUGGCCCUUCAACUCAUCGAUCUUACAGAUGCAUUGUUCGAUAUGGAUAUCGUGAAGUGCAUCAGGAUGUUGAUUCUUUUGAAACUGAGCUUAUUGCUAGGCUGGCUGAUUUCAUCAACUAUGAUUGGCGUCGAGCACUUAGAACUAACUCGCAUACUGAGGAUGCUGCAUCUCAAUCCAAUGAAUCCUCCAGUGAAUAUAGAUUGGCAGUGAUAGGAAACACAACAUUCGCUUGCACACCACAAUACGAGAUUGAGGAGACCGUGCAACCGGCUAGUGUGUCGGGUGGUUUUUCGACAGUAGAAAGCAUGGCUGAUGUUAUUGAAAUGGAACCUGUAGUUGAAAGAAGAGUUAGAUUUGCCAUUGAUGAUGAUCAAGAGUCUGAUAUUCAUCUGCAGUUAAAAGAAGAGCUAGAAGAUCUUUUAGCAGCUCAAGAAGCUGGAACUGCAUUUAUACUAGGACAUUCUCAUGUUCAAGCAAAGCAAGGGUCAUCCGUGCUUAAGAAAUUGGCUAUUAAUUUUGGGUAUAAUUUCCUUGGAAGGAACUGCAGGGGGCCAGACGUGGCACUCAAAAUUCCACCAGCUUCUCUUCUAGAGGUUGGCAUGGUUUAUGUUGUGUAAUAAUUUCAUCUCAUGUAAGUAAAUAGUAAUUUGCUGUGCUUAUUUUAUAAGAGAAAGGAAAUUAAGACAAGUUUUCAUAGAGGAAGUUGUUUGUACAGAGUCAUCAUAUGCAUACUGAAUUAGGAAAAUUGUAUUCUUCAAAUAAAAAAUUAGCUCAAAUCAUUAUGGUGAUUA